CACUAAUAAGAGUUGUAGACGUUAGAUAUAUAUAUAUACCUUUUGAAGCAUCUCUGACCAUAACUGAUCAAAGUAAAGUCAACAAUGUAUCAUCACCUGUUUCAGAUCUCCAGCGAUGUCCUCAAAACUUUGGGGUUGAAGAUGAAGUUUAUGAUAACAUUCAUCUUCACCAGCGUACUCAUUGGUUCCAUAUUCUUACUAUCAUCCCCAAACAACUUCAACGACCAACUUCUUUACGCUACAAUCAACGGUUCAAAAGAAUCCAAAACACCUCAGGAUAAGUUGUUAGGAGGGCUAUUAACACCAGAUUUCGACGAACGUUCUUGCGUGAGCAGGUACUAUAAAUCAUCCUUGUACCGCAAGCCAUCUCCAUACAAGCCUUCCGAGUAUCUCAUCUCCAAGCUAAGAAGCUACGAGAAGCUCCACAAGCGUUGCGGUCCAGGGACACAAGCUUACAAAGAAGCAACCAAGAAUCUUAUUGGUCAUAACGACAAGAACUACGCAAACGAAACCGUUGGUGAAUGUAAAUACAUCGUGUGGGUCGCGGUCUACGGUCUCGGAAACAGAAUACUAACUCUAGCAUCCGUCUUCCUCUACGCGCUAUUAACAGACAGAGUCGUUCUCGUUGAUCAAAGCAAAGACAUUAACGAUCUCUUCUGCGAGCCGUUUCCAGGUACCUCGUGGUUGCUCCCUCGUGACUUCCCAUUGACGAGGCAGAUCGAUGGAUACAAUAAGGGAUACACUCGUUGUUACGGAACAAUGUUGAACAACCACGCGAUCAGCGCGAACUCCACCCCGCCGCAUCUGUAUCUUCAUAUCUUACACGAUUCAAGAGAUGAAGACAAGAUGUUCUUCUGUCCGAAAGACCAAACACUGAUCGAUAAAGUCCCUUGGUUGAUUGUUAAGGCCAACGUCUACUUUGUCCCAUCUCUAUGGUUUAAUCCAGCUUUUCAGACAGAACUGGUGAAGCUCUUCCCGCGGAAAGAAGCAGUGUUUCAUCUCCUGGCUAAGUAUAUUUACCACCCGACGAACGAAGUUUGGGGUAUGAUCACAAGUUACUACAAGGCGCACUUAGCUAGAGCUGACGAGAGGCUCGGGAUUCAGAUACGUGUCUUCAGCGGCGGCGCGGGGUAUUUAAAAAACGUCAUGGACCAGGUCUUGUCCUGUACGCAAAGAGAGAAGCUACUACCUCAAGUCGCGGGUACACAAGAGGUUAACGUAACUCAAAGUCAGAAAGUUAAAGCGGUUCUUGUCACGUCACUGUAUCCAGAGUACUCUGAUCGUUUGAGGAACAUGUUUUCGAAGAAAGAUAGUUCGAGAGGAGAGGUAAUCAAAGUUUAUCAACCAAGUGGAGAAAGGUAUCAACAAACAGACAAGAAGAUUCACGACCAAAAGGCUUUAACGGAGAUGUAUCUUCUGAGUUUAACUGAUAACGUUGUCACGAGCGCGAGGUCCACUUUUGGAUACGUUGCUCAUAGUCUUGGAGGGUUAAAGCCGUGGUUGCUGUAUCAGCCGAGGGAUGCUUCGGUUCCUGAUCCGCCGUGUGUUCGGUCUACUUCGAUUGAGCCUUGUCAUCUUACUUCACCGUCUCAUGGGUGUGAUGCUGAUUGGGGAACUGACUCAGGGAAGGUUCUUCCGUUUGUAAAGCAUUGUGAGGAUCGUGAUAAUGAUGGUCUCAAGCUGUUUGAUGAGUUGUAGUAGUUCCUUCUUUAGCUUUUAUUUCAUUGGAUUAUUUUGAUUCUUGUCUAUUAAUAAUUAUUUAAAUGUUUAAUAGAAGACUGUACGUAAUUAUAUCCGCUGUAUCAAUAUUUAAAUGCAU